AUGACCAACUGUAUACUUACCGAGAGUGUGAUUGAUGAGAUGAAAGAAAAAAUGAGAAAUAUCUACGCAGAGCUGGGCAAAGUGGAGAAGAGUUGCACCGAAAAGAUUGAAGAUGUCUCACAGAUGAACGAAAACACGAUGUUAUCGCAUGAUCAGUGGAAUACCAUCACCUCGUUACACCAAGAGCUCCUUGAGAAACAUUACGACUUUUUUGUGGUUUCACAAGAUCUAGCAGCCAUCGCGACCAUAGGAAACCUGGCUGAAAAGCACAACAUGCCCGCCCGUAUGUGGAGUUACGGGAUCUAUCGUUACCUGGAACUGCUACGAAAACAUCGUGCUCACUCGCUCGACGUGCAAGAACAUUUGCUAAAUUUCACACGUCUAUCAUAUCUGAUGGUGACACUUCUUUUGGAGAGGAUAUCGCCUUUCAGGGAGAUCUGGACCGAAUGCCUGGGCGAUCUAGCGCGGUAUCGUAUGGCGGUGGAGGACACAGAUGGAGCGGAUCAAAGAACAUGGGCAGAGGUAUCGAGAUUUUGGUAUAACCACGCUACAGAUCAGUGUCCUGAAGCUGGUAGGAUUCAAAAUCACCUCGCUGUGAUCUCGCGCCCGGAUACAUUGCAGCAAUUUUUCUAUUACACCAAAGCACUGAUAAUCGCGCGCCCAUUCUCAGACGCGUGGGCAAGCAUGAAACAGCUGGUCCAUUCUAUUCCUGGGGCACCGGGUGAUAGGAACAUCUUGGUCAAUUCUUUUAUGGCUGCUCAUGGUGCCCGUAUCUUGGACUUGCCAGUUGAGCAGUUCGCUCUUCGGUCGAGGAUCUUCCUUACGAAUCUGCGCCAAGACGUCGGCCGUUUAGGUCAAGAAGCACAACAAGGCAUCUUUGUUACAUGCUGUAACAUCGGUGCAAUACUUCAAUAUGGCAACAAAGAUGGUUUCAUUGCCACGGAGUUCAAUUCAACCGACAAUACUACGCUUGGAGAUGCCUAUGCUCUCGCAAAACAGUGGGCGUCUAAAGCACACGUCGACCCAAACAGCCAUGUCAGUACCGAUUUAUCAUCUCAAUACGCAUUCAGUGCAAGCUCAUUCGCUUUUCAUACUUUGGCCAUCAUCCUCAACCAGCCUGAUGACUGGAACUUGCAGCCUGCUGUGCAUGUCUCUAUGGCCUUCCUGUGGUGCCUUACGCUCCACCCAGCAGUCAUCCAGCGACUUGAGCGGCUGGUCCCAUGGUCGAUACUUGCCAACUACCUGAACAGUCUGUUUCAGCCCAACGUCAAUAUUUCAACGAUCAAAGGCAAAUCAUUCCCCCGCAUUGAUGGCACCACCCCACAGCAGCUGCCGGAGGACCUUUUAAUUAGAGGCCACACUUGGAGCCGACUUUACUACCCUGCCAUGUUUUUCGACGCGACAGCCAUGGCAGAGGACAGGCCAUUGAUUGAGGAUCCUUCCACAAUGCUCCUUAGAGUACACAGGUGCCUGUGGCUUGGAAUGCAGAUCGCAUCGGUCUGCCUCACCCGAAUUCACUAUAAUGUACUCUGGUCUAACCUAGUUCUGAUUUAG